AUGUCAACGGAUCAGUCAACACUAACGGAUGACCUCAUCCAUAGACAACAGGAUGAACUCCAAAGCAUAGCCUCCAUUUACGGAGACAUAUUCGAGGACAUCACACCUACGGGACUCGUAUGGAACAAGAAACCAUCACCACAUUUCAAGAUACAUUUAACAUCUUCAGAAGACCCCAAUUGUCCCGUGUUGGAAGUAACACUUGACAUUGAAUUUACCCAGACCUACCCUCUCCUGCCACCACUUGUGAAACUCAUUAAUCCCGUGAAUUUACUCAAAGCCAGUUUGACCAAGUUGGAGAACAAAGUCCAGGAAUUGAUCAAGGAGUAUCCCGAGCAGGAAGUUUCAUUCACUAUUAUUUCCGAAGUAAAGUUUUUGCUUGAUGAAAUCCAGGGAACUACUGAAAAAGUGCUUUCGUUAGAGGAAGAACGGGAGCAACGACUAAAACAAGAAAGACAAGCGUUGGAACAAGAAGAGAAUCGUAAGAAACAAGAACGAGAUCGAGCCAGAGUGGAACGAAGCAAAGUCGUCAAUGAACAAAUUAUGAAGAUUAAAGUUGAGGAAGCAACUCCUGUGCCUGAACAACCGGAACAAGAACACGACGACAUAGAUCCAUCACUAGAUAUAUCUGAUCUGUUCACAUUUGAUAACACCAUCGAGGUAAAACAUCCAGGUUGGAGGACCACUAUCAAGUUCAAAACAAUAUAUGGCUUCAUUCAUUACGUCAAACCAGGUAUAUUCACUCCACCAAUUGCUACUCAAUACAUUGUUAAACCAUACCUCAAUAAACAACUACAGGCAAAACUAAAUGCCAAACAAAUCGACAUCACAUACUUGUUCACCCUGAUUGAACUUACAAAUGCAUACUGGUGCACAGAUAAAGGAAAGCACGAAAUUCAGAACCUAGAAAGAGAACUUCAACUAAUAACAGCAUUAAAUCACACCAACAUUUUAAAACUAGUGGCAUUCCAAAUCACAAAGACAAAAGCACAUACCUGGAAACUAGUCCUUCUCAAUGAAUUCUCGAUAUCAGCAGACUCGCUUGCUGACAUUCUCCCCACGGCACAAUUCAUCAACUGGGCAUUAGCAAGAACUUGGCUUAUCCAGAUCCUACCACCAUUAGAAUACCUUCACACCGCUGGGUUUGCUCAUAAGAUGGUAUGUCCACUAACAGUAGCUGUUUUCCCCAAGAAUCUCAAGCUCUGUCAUCCAUCAUAUGGAAGCAGAAUCCUUCAAAUGAUCUCAGAACAUCCUAACAACUCGGAAAGUACCCUGCCAGUGACGGCACCAGAACCCUGGCUUGCGCCGGAAGUCAAAUCGCAAAACCGCCACACUCAGAAAACCGACAUUUGGGACCUUGGUGUGCUUUUCCUUAGGGUCAUGCUUGGCAAUGACGUCUUUACAAAUUACACCACUCCAGAACAAUUUCGUACUGAAUUCUCACCGGCAGAUUAUGGAGACCUUGAAGAGUACGCUGCGUUGAUCUAUGACCUCCUCACGAAAAUGCUCCAGCUGAAAAUUUCCAAACGACCAUCACCAUUAGAAUUAAAUACCGUCAAGUUCCUCCGUGAUGGGCCUGUCCGAAUAAACCCUAAUCUCAAGCUCAAGAAUACCGAUCUAGGUAAUGAACCAAAACGUAACACAACUACAACAGCAACUGUUCCACGACGGAGAUUUUCCAACGACCUGUACCCUCCUCAACAACUUCAACCGCCUCCGCAGCAACUGUCUUCAAGUAAAGGUCGAUAUGCGCGUGAUUUUGAAGAAGUGGGCAAACUAGGCACUGGUGGGUUUGGUGAAGUUGUGAAGGCCAGGAAUAGAAUGGAGGGUGCAUUUUAUGCCAUUAAGAAAAUCAGACAUCGGGCAGAUAAAUUGGAUUCACUCCUUCUGGAGGUGUUAAGUUUAGCAAGGUUGAACCAUCAGUACAUUGUCAGGUAUUAUGGAACAUGGGUUGAGCGUGAUGAAACCAGUGAUGAUGAGAGUGAAGAAGAACUGGAACUGGAACUGGAACUGGAAACUACAGAUUUUGAACUGAUGAGGCUGAGCUCGAUGAUUCCCCAUGAUAACUCGUUUCAAGUGGACUAUAUAAGUAACUCAUUUGUGUUUGAAAGUGAUAGUGAGGAUGAAUUUGACGAUCGAAUCGUAUUCGGAAACUCCACUGAUUCAGGCGAACCCGAAGAUGAAUCUACUGAAGAAGAACAAGAGGAAUCAUCAGCACCUGCACUUCAAUCACGUCAAUUAAAGGCCAACCCUAAAAGUAUUCUUUACAUUCAGAUGGAAUUCUGUGAAAACAAUACCUUGCAAAACCUAAUUGAACAAGGACUCCCCCUGAAUUCCCAUGAAUACUGGCGAUUGUUUAGACAACUCCUUGAAGCGUUAUCGUACAUUCACAGUGAAGGGUUCAUUCAUCGAGACCUCAAACCAACCAACAUUUUUAUUGAUCGUCAGAAUAACGUCAAGGUGGGUGAUUUCGGAUUAGCGAAAAACUCUCAGUUUUCAAGUAUAAUUACCAGUGAUAACCAAGUCCCUGCUGACAAACAGGACCUAUCGACUAUUGUAGGAACAUAUUUCUAUACUGCCAACGAAGUGGCUACAGGGCAAUAUGAUGAGAAAGUGGAUAUGUAUUCCCUCGGAAUUAUCUUCUUUGAAAUGUGUUAUAGUUUAUCAACAGGUAUGGAACGGGCCAAGAUAUUGAAUGCGUUACGGUUGACAUCGGUAGAGUUCCCCUUGAACUUCCACAAAACCACUGAACAGAAAAUCAUAAAGCUUUUACUUGAUCAUGAUCCCAAGAUUAGACCAAGCGCCAAGCAGUUGCUCACUUCUGGUUGGUUACCUGUUGAACACCAAGAUCAAAUCAUUAAACAGGCUUUAAAGCUGCUUGCAGAUCCGGCAACACCAUGGCAGGCCCAAGUCAGGGAAACAUUAUUCAAUCAGCCGUACUCCCUUGCCAAAGAUCUUAUGUUUGACAAACCGCAGUCUAUAUCUACUACAGACCAUCUCCUCAUGACAAAACUUAUCAAUGAACUAUUUAGAGUGUUUAGAAAGCAUGGUGCUGUGGAAAACCACCAUCCUUCUAUCCUCCUUCCAAAACCACCUAUUCAACGUGAACAAGUAUAUGAAGUUCUAGAUAGAAGUGGAUCAGUGCUUACACUUCCUUAUGAUCUUGUCCUCCCCACCGCGCGUUUCCUUAGUCGUUGUCAAGUCUCCAUACCAAAGAUAUUCCGGCAUGAAAUGGUAUACCGGCCCAAUGCACGGGGGAUAGGCAUGCCUGAUCGAUACGGUGCCGUUGAUUUCACUAUUGUUGGACAUGCCAAACUGGAAAGAGUAGCUCAUGACAGUGAAUGUGUCAAGGUUCUUGAUGAAAUUGUCCAGUUGUUUCCGUGUUUUCUGCAUGCUGGUGUCAAGGUUGAGCUUGUGGUUAAUCAUGGCGAUAUCCUCGAUGCAGUUGUUUCGUUCGCCUUUGGGAACAUUGGUAUUUCUGAAUCACGAAAACAUGAUGUAUUUGGUGUGCUUUCACAGUUAGGUGUAGACAAGACUGCUGAUGAGAUUAAGCGAUAUUUGCGCCAGGAGUUCCAGAUCCCACUGACUGUGGUUACCGAACUUGUCGACACGUUUGACUUCAAAUGUGAUUUGGAUCGGGGAAGACAGAAGCUUCAGAAAAUCAUGAUUGACUCACCAUACCUUGUAAAAGUUGAAAGGGCAUUCCAUCAUUUAGGUGAUAUGUUUGCCAUCAUGUCCAAACUAGGUGUCGGCACACCCGUGGUGUUUAGCCCCUUGUCAAACUACAAUAGUAAGUAUUACUCCCAUGGGAUUAUGUUCCAAGCGAUCCUCAAAGAUAAACUGAACCACUAUACAAGAAUAGCCACUGGAGGACGGUUUGACAGCUUGAUUGAGUCCUUUUCGAAUGUCGACGUCCUCACAAAGAGUUCUGUCCAGCAUGCGGUAGGGUUUACAUUAACCACCCAGCUUUUAUUUGCCCUUAUGCGAGCCAUGCGUCGCCAGAAGCAGAAACUGAACUUAUGGCGUGGCAGCAGGGUCGAUGUUUUAGUUACAGCUACCCAGGAUCUGUUUAUGAACUGUGGCUAUGACUUGCUCCGUCUGUUGUGGAGUCGUAAUAUCAGUGCUGAUUUGUUCUUUGGUAAAUCUAACGACGAGAUUGUCCUGAGAUGUGGCAUCGACGGUGUUCAUGUUGUUGUGUUUAUCAAGCUGUUGCCGACCAAGAAGAAAAAGAGUGGGUUUAAGUCGUUGAGAGUGAGGAAUAUGCUAAGCGGACGUGAGAUUGAUGUUGAUGUGGAUGAGCUUGUUGGAAUCGUACAAACAGAAUUGGAAGAUGAUGACAUCGAUGAUGAGCCUGGAUCAGGUACUUCUGCAAACGCAGCUACCACUACUACAGGUAGUAGCAGUACUACCACACAUACCGAUUCGAGUGAUCCAGAACUAGCACUCUUCUCUAUGGAUAUCACUCAAAGAGUCCAUAUCAUCCCUAAUGAUGCACCUCGAGGACGCAAAUUCACUAAACGAGACAAGUGGGAAAUCGAAAAUGAUGCCACAGUAGCAGGUGCUCGUUGUCUCAAACAACUCAGCACAGGACCAGUGCUCUCGCUUGAUAUCCGCGAUGAAAUCUUAGACAUGAUUGCCAUAACCAGCUUAUCAUCCCAAGACGAAUGGGUAAGAAAAGUGGUGUAUUCCAGUAAUAACUUCCCCAUGAGUUUUGCCAUGAAUAUUCAUAAUGCGUUAAUGAAGGAAAGAUCAAAGGGUCAUAAUUGGGUGAUAUUGGUAGCAUCAAGAACCCAACAUACAGUAAUUGUAGAUUUAAGAAGGUAG